CGUUCCGCUGCUCCCAGCGCAACCGGAAGUGGCCGGGCCCAAGGCCGAGGGACCCGGCGGAGCGGAAGUCACUCCGUGAGGCAGUGGCGACGGCGGCGGCGAGAGGAUGAACAACAAGUUCGACGCUUUGAAAGAUGACGACAGUGGGGACCAUGAUCAGAAUGAAGAAAACAGCACACAGAAAGAUGGUGAGAAGGAAAAAACAGAACGCGACAAGAGUCAGAGCAGCAGCAAGAGGAAGGCUGUUGUUCCUGGACCAGCAGAGCAUCCCCUGCAGUACAACUACACUUUCUGGUACUCCAGGAGGACCCCCGGCCGGCCCACUAGCUCACAGAGCUAUGAGCAGAAUAUCAAACAGAUCGGCACCUUUGCCUCCGUGGAGCAGUUCUGGAGGUUUUAUAGCCACAUGGUACGUCCCGGGGACCUGACAGGCCACAGUGACUUCCAUCUCUUCAAAGAAGGAAUUAAGCCCAUGUGGGAGGACGAUGCAAAUAAAAAUGGUGGCAAGUGGAUUAUUCGGCUGCGGAAGGGUUUGGCAUCCCGUUGCUGGGAGAAUCUCAUCCUGGCCAUGUUGGGGGAGCAGUUCAUGGUCGGGGAGGAGAUCUGUGGGGCUGUGGUCUCUGUGCGGUUUCAGGAGGACAUUAUUUCAAUAUGGAAUAAAACUGCCAGCGACCAAGCAACCACAGCCCGAAUCCGGGAUACGCUCCGGCGAGUGCUUAACCUACCUCCCAACACCAUUAUGGAAUACAAAACCCACACCGACAGCAUCAAGGCCUGGGAGGAGUUUCAUGGCCUGGUGAACAGCAGCGGCCGCUGAUCGGACGCUCCCCCUCUGUCUGUCACACUCAGGGGACAAUUCAAGCUUUCGAAAUACAAAAAUCACAUUGUGAAAGUACACAAGCUGGCAAUAAUCGUUUUCUGUGUGUGUGUGUGUGUGUCCACAAUGGAUGGGAGGUCUCCAGCCAGUCCUUCCAUCUGCUCACUGAAGGGACGGCCUGAGCCGCAGGCUCCCGUUUUGCACUCACUCCUGGAGGAGGGAUUCCACUAGACGCCUCCAGCAUCGCUGACUUUAUAAAGCGGAGAAACGGAAACCGUGACUUUGUAAUAGACACACUUUGUUUUUUAAUGGGGUUCUGUGGGGGGAGUCCAGCCUUUCACUUUGCUGUGUGCUGUCCAGACGCCGCUGGGCGUUCUGUGCUCUCAUACUGUGCGAGGUGUCGUGACCCCGCGUGUGCGCCAGAGCUGCCGCUGAGAGUUAUCAGUAUUAUGAAUGUCUGUGCACCCAGGAAAAGCUUUUUGUCGGAGCGUCCGGAAUAGCUGUAAAUGCUCUCUUCUAGCUCUGCCAUUAAAUUAUUCGGACGUUUUGUUUAUUUCUCUCCCCUCUCCGCCAGCC